CAGCUCUGCAACUCCACAUUUGAAAUAUGGGAUCAAUAUAUUUGAAAGUGUUAACGGUUGUGCUUUCAUUCAGUUUAUCUGAGAUAUCUGCCAUGCAAAACGACAUAACAAUAUCGGUGUUCCAAGUAACCUCAAAAAGUAUGACGGUGCGAUGGAGUCAUUACUCCGGCGCCAGCUCUUACAAAAUCUCUGCUUCACCAAUUAACUCCCUUGGACCGUCCGUCUUCGCCCAAUUCAGCGGAAACACCGUAAUGGGCUCCGUGAACACUCUCUCCCCCAACACGGUAUACAGCCUACAGGUUGAGGCCAUGGAUACCUUGGGAAAUGUCCUGAGCAGCGCAGCGUUGGAAAAGAGCUCAGCCCCUCCUGUACCAACCGUAAAUCAGGCCUACUCCAAGCAGAGCAACAGCAUGACGGUGGAGUUCAGUGAGGUGUCAGGGGCGAGCAGCUACAUCGUGCGGGCCGAGUCCCCGGUGGGAGACUUCUUCUCGGAGACCCCAGUGCCGAGUUCCCCAGGGACAGUGCUGCAACUGAGCCCAUACAGUGACUACAGGCUCAGUGUCAUGUCGGUCAGCAGCCCAGGACGUAGUCAGCCCUCACCAGCCGUCCUGAGCAAGACAGUGGUGGGGUCCCCGGGGCUCAAGUCCACCUCUCCCAGUAACGACACCAUCGUGUUGACCUGGUCUCCAGUUCAACACGCCGUCCUCUACAGCCUCGGCGUGGUCAGACAGGGCUCCAGCUCUGUCCUUACGCUCAACACAACCGAGCCCUUCGUGACCUUUAACAACCUGGAACCCGGGACCACAUACUGCAUCAAGGGAGUGGCCUGGACUCUGGAUGGUCGCUACGGAGAUGACCUCACCGUGUGUCAGAUCACACGUCCACCCAGUCCCGAGUCCAUCCAAGUGUCCGUGACCCAGGGCCGGUCCGUGGGCUUGACGGUCUACUGGCAGACAGUGCAAGGUGCUGAUGACUACUUAGUUAGAGCCUCGUCGGGUCAGAACUGCUCUGCCUCAGCGUCCUACUGUAUUAUUAGCCCACUGCUUUGCGGACAGAACCACAGUGUGAACGUUACUGCCCAGAACAGCGCUGGACCGAGCAACCCCUCUGAUCCUGAGGAGUUCAUAACAUUCCCAUGUCCUCCGGACCGUACCUGGAUAGAGGAGCCUGAGGCUGGGAGCUGCGUGGUGAGGUGGGCCGAGACGUCCCUGGUGGAGUUCUACACCGCCUUCAUCAAGAGAGACGAUGGGGUGGAGGAGUUUUGUAACACCACCGACACCUCCUGUCACUUCCAGUGCCUGUGUGGCUACGCCUACCUCAGCACCGUGUUUGCCUACAACGAGGCUGGAUCCAGUCCACCAGGAGACCUGUUGAACUACACGACCAUUCCCUGUUGCCCAGAGAACGUUACCAUAGAUCUGAUCUCCACGGAGACCCUGGAGAUUACGUGGUCAUCGGUGCGAGGGGUGGACUUUUACGAGACCAUGGCGGUGGAGACUGAUAGCGUGGUCCAAUGUAAGGACACGGCUCCGGUGUGUGUUCUGUCGGACCUGCGCUGUAACAGCCAGUACCGGACCGUGGUGACGCCAUGCAGCGAGAUGGGAGGCUGUAAUCGUACCUGCACAGCCCUCACACACGAGACAGACCCCUGUUCUCCUGAGAUCCUGAGUGUGUCUCAGACCAACUCGUCCACCAGUGUCAGCGUCCUGUACACGGCCCCCAACACCCCUAACACCACCUACACCGUCACAGCCGUGGGCCUCGCCGACACACACACCUGUCAGUCAAACACCACCUCCUGCCAGCUCACGCAGCUGCCCUGUGGAGCAACCUAUGAUGUCACAGCCUAUGCCAGUACGGCUGUGGGGCGGAGCCUGCCCAGCUAUAGCGUUCCCCUCGAAACAGGUCCGUGCUGUCCUACCUACCUGACAGUCAACCAGGUGACCCAGGCCAUGACCAAUGUCACCUGGUCCCCUGCUACAGGGGCAGGCUCCUACAUCACAUCGCUGAUAUCAUCUCGGGGACACGCCCGGUGCCACACCAUGGACACGCACUGCCUGAUGGGAUGCAUCACCUGUGAGACCAGCUAUAGCGUCAGUCUGGAGGCCAUCAGCCGGACCGGCCACAAGUCUGAGUGCAGCUAUCAUGGAUUCUCAUCCAGUGCCUGCUGUCCGUCAAGUGUCAAGCUGUACAGGAUGGCCAACAGCUCUGUGAGGAUAUACUGGCGCUCCUCCGGCCCCCAGAACUACACAGUGGACUUGAUCGGGACAGGCUCCAACUACACCUGUGAGCCCACCCCCCUGAGCCGCUUCUGUGACAUAGCUGAUGUCAUGUGUGGUGACAUCUACACAGUGGUGGUGGCGCCUGUCGGUCAGGACGGGACCAAAGUCAACUUCUGUCACCAGAGGGUUUACUCCGUGUCCUGCUCCGGAAACAACGUAGGACUGGUUGUCUAUCGGGGAAAGAGAAGUGUUACUUAGAGGAAACCCAGCUUCUAUCAAAGUCUGCCUGUCAUCGUCUGCCUGUCAGAAAAUGUUUCCUCUAAUGUCAAUGCUGUUUGUGACCAACAUGUCAAACCAUCCUAAGAUUAAGAUCGUAAAAUGUAUUAUUAAAAGGGGGGCUUUAUUUUCAAUGCAAACCUCAAAACAUACAAACUCCUAGAAUUAUACAUAAUAAAUCAUUGCAAUCAAAAAUACACAUUCUGAUGAAAUACUAAUAGACUGAACAACUAUUUGCAUCACAUUUAAACUGCUGCAUUUAAACAUGAAUGCUCUUCUCUGAAUUAAAUUGAAUGAGAAACAAGAUGCACUUUUUCAGUAUAUAAAAAAGAAUAUGAGUCCCUAAGUAGGAAGCCUCCAUAGGCUUGUUUUGAAGUAUGUUGUGUUACAGUGGUUGUGUAUUUGUCUGUGGGUAACUGAGAAAGUAGAGCAGAGAACACACUCCACCAAUACCAUUGGUCAUACAGUACUAUGGAUGACAGGUUAGAUCUGGUAGCUUUGGAUAGAAUGUUUCCAUUGCCUUCAAUGCUGUCCCCUCUCUGUGUUAAAAACUAAAUACAGCUCAUCCUAUUGUAUUCCCAAACUGCGUGGUGUCAAUC